CCGUCCGUCCGUCCGUCCGUCCGUCCGUCCGUCCCACCGCAUCCCGCUACGGGACAUCCUUCCCACCGCAUCCCGGCGCGCUGCAGGACAUCACCCCCGUGCGGUCCGGGAUUUUAUCCCAUCCAUCCCCCCCGGUUCGGGAUUUAUCGCACCCUGGUGCAGCGCGGGGCAUCCCUCGCGGGCCGUUCCGAUGGAGACCGAGGGUUAUCGCUGCCGCAGCAGUCGCUACAUCGAGAGCGGCCAAUCGGCCGUGCCCAGCUCGGUGCUGUUCGCCGCGGGGCUCCUGGGGAACGUCCUGGCUCUGCUGCUGCUGGGCCAGCACCGACGGCGCUCCCGCUCGCCCGGGGGCCGCCCGCCGAGGGUGUCGGCGUUCUACGUGCUGGUCAGCGGGCUGGCUGUCACCGACCUGCUGGGCAAGUGUCUGAUCAGCCCCAUCGUGCUGGCUGCCUACGCCUACAACCGCAGCCUCAGCGAGCUGGGGCCGGGGGGGCGCGGCGAGGACCAGCCCGGGGUGCUGUGCCAGCUCUUCGCCUUCCUCAUGGCUUUCUUCGGGCUGGCCCCCACCCUGCUGCUGCUAGCCAUGGCUCUGGAGUGCUGGCUUUCCCUGGGGCAUCCCUACUUCUACCGGCGGCACCUGACUCGCCGCCUGGGAGCCGCGCUGGGGCCGGUGGUGGCCGCGCUGUGCGCGCUGUUCUGCGCGCUGCCCCUGCUGGGCUUCGGGGCUCCCAUGCAGUACUGCCCGGGCACCUGGUGCUUCAUCCGGAUGGCCGGGGGUGGCCCACGCCAGCUGGGCUUCCCCGUGCUCUACGCCAGCCUGAUGGGCUUGUUGGUGCUGGCCAUCGUGGCGUGCAACGUGAGCAGCAUGCGGCACCUGUACGGCAUGGCCCGGAGGGGACCCCGCCGCGGGACACCCCCCGCCACCGCCCCGCGCAUGGAGGAGCUCGAUCACCUCGUCCUGCUGGGGCUCAUGACCGUGCUGUUCACCGUCUGCUCCCUGCCGCUCAUCAUCCGUGCCUACAUGGGCGCCUUCGCUGCGGAUUUCAACGAGAACGCCGACCUGAGCGCGCUGCGCUUCCUCUCGGUGAAUUCCAUCGUGGACCCCUGGGUGUUCAUCAUCUUCCGCACCUCCGUGUUCCGCGGCUUCGUGCGCCGCGUCUGCCGCAGCCUGGGCUCCCGCAAAGCCUCGCUCAGAGGCUCCGGCCCGGCGGCUGAGGGGCAGUUCUGCCCCCCGGGCUGGCGCAGGACAGAUCCCCCGCAGCUCGGCAUCCCCUGAGCGCGCCGCGGCUGCGGAUGAGGAUGAGGAGCGAGCCUUCAUCCCCGGCCUGGAGCGGCGGGAGGAGGCGCAGGGCGGUGGCAGGCGGGGACAGCGUCCGGCCAAGGGCGCUGUGAAAGGUUUCUGUCCCCUCCCCAGGCUGUUUUGUCCCGGAGAGGAGCCGGGAUGGAGCUCCCGGGGAUCUGGGAUAUUCCGAGCAGCAGAGUUCUGGGGAGUGUGGGGAGUUUUGGGGGUCCAGGAAGGCAGAAGGGUUUGGAGAGUGGUUCAGGGGACAAACAGGGAGGAGAAGUGUGGCUGUGUCCCCGUGGAAUAAAAGUGGUUCGGUGUUUCAUC